AUGGAGAAAAAAUUGAAUGCUUUAGUUCUCCCCUCCUUAAGCACACAUGUCUAUAAUUCAAGCAUGGAGUUCAAAAUCCAAAUGUGGUGCAAAUGUCAGUUUUUCUUCAUUUGUUACCUUUCUUUCUAUGUCUCCAUUCAUCAUCAGAAGCUUUGUUUAUGCUUUCACUCUGUAGCACAAACCUACUUAUCUUUAGAAGAGAGCCAAGAACCCAAGAGUACAGUUUCUUUUCUCCUGACUGACUCAGAAUCCACAGACUCUUCUCUAUCUAUCGAAAAGAAACAACCUAUCAACCACAGAGAAACUGAGAGACAGUGGUUGCUCAGAAGAAAGCGAUCUACUCUGUUUCCUAAUGGUGUGAAAACCUGCCCAGAUGAAAAUGUUACAGAGGCUAUGGCAAACCAUGUGAAAUAUUUCAAAGUCCGAGUAUGCCAGGAAGCUGUCUGGGAAGCCUUCAGGACUUUUUGGGAUCGACUUCCUGGGCGUGAAGAAUAUCAUUACUGGAUGAAUUUGUGUGAGGAUGGAAUCACAACUAUAUUUGAAAUGGGCACACAUUUUAGUCAGUCUGUGGAACAUAGAAGCUUAAUUAUGAAGAAACUGACAUACACAAAGGAAACUGUAAGCAGCCCUGAAUUGUCAUCUCCAGUUCCUGUUGGUGAUACCUCAACAUUGGGAGGUGCCAGUCUCAGUGUUCCAUAUCCAGGGGUGACCUUCUAUGAAGGUAUCUCAGAGAGCAGCUUGGAGAGGCCAGAAGAGAGUAUUAGCAAUGAAAUUGAGAAUGUGAUAGAAGAAUCCACAAAACCAGCAGUGGAACAGGUUGCAGAAUUCAGUAUCCACCUUUUGGGGGAACAAUACAAUGAAAAACUACAGGAUCCCUCCAGCUUUCACCACCAGCGCCUUGUAGAAGAGUUUAUUUCAGAGGUGGAAAAUGCAUUUACUGGGUUACUGGGCUACAAGGACAUUCAUGUACUUGACUUUAGAUCCCCUAAGGAAAAUGGCAGUGGCAUAGAUGUUCACUACGCCGUUACCUUCAAUGGUGAGGCCAUCAGCAAUACCACCUGGGACCUAAUUAGCCUUCACUCCAACAAGGUGGAGAACCAUGGUCUUGUGGAAUUGGAUGAUAAGCCCACUGCUGUUUAUACGAUUAGUAACUUCAGAGAUUAUAUUGCUGAGACACUGCACCAGAAUUUUUUGCUGGGGACCUCCUCUUUGAAUCUGGAUCCUGACUCUCUUCAGCUUAUUGAUGUGAGAGGAGUUAUACUUCCCCAAAGUGAAGACCAAGUUUGGAACACCCAAAGUUCAAGUCUUCAGGAAACCUUACCAUCUAUUCUGGAUAAUACCCCUCAAGCUGAAUGGCCCUCAGCAGAUGAACUCACCACGAGCAGUAUUUCACCACUUGAUUUCAGCUCUGGUCCUCCUUCAACCACUGGCAGGGAACUCUGGUCAGAAAGCCCUUUGGGUGAUUUAGUGUCUGCACCCAAAUCAGCCUUUCCCUCGAAGGUGAGCCUCAGUUCUUCCCCAGAGGUUUUAGAGGUUAGCAGCUUGACUCUUCAUUCUGUCACCCCAGCAGUGCUUCAGACUGGCUUGCCUGUGGCUUCUGAAGAAAGGACUUCUGGGUCUCACUCAUUAGAAGAUGGAUUAACUAAAGUUAAAGGGUCAGAAGAUUUUCUUUCUAUUGAUCCACUGCCUUCAAGCCCAUUUAGUCGUCCGGUGCCAAAAGAAAUAAUACCAUCCAUGGAAGACUCUGGGGUGUCUUUGACAUCCUCACCGUAUCCGGUCUCCUCUGUCACAUUCGAUAGUCUUGCUAAAGAAGUAACUACACCUCUUGGCAUGGACUCUUUGGCCUCCAAAGUCAAAGGCCAAUUAGAAGUGAGCACUUGGAUGCCAGACACAUCUAUGGAGAAAGAGUUCAUAUUUGAGAGUGGUUUAGGUUCAGGGUUUGGGCAAAAGGUAGGUCUGAUUACUUGGCCAUGGAGCAAGACUUCAUUAAAGAAGGGCACUGAACCAUUUUCCAAGUCGUGGCUUGAAGUUGAGGAUUCAGAGGAUUUACUUUUGCCAACUGAGGAUAUAGAUGAGAAACUAGUUAUAGAUGACAGAAUAGAUUCCAUAGAUCAAAGUACUGAGCAUUCAAGAUAUGGGCAUUUUGAUAGAUCCAGAAACUUUGCAGAGGAUGAGACCCUUGGUGGACCUACUGUGUCCAUCUUUACAGAGACCACAACUCAAUCUGCAUCUCCAGUUCUAUCCAGGCACACAUCAGAAGUACCUGACAUUGACUAUUAUUCAAUUACCAAAUUACCUCCUCUACUGACAUCUGCAGCAAUCUCUGCUUCUACUGAUAAACCAAUUCAAGAAGAACCCUUUCUAAAGGAGGAUAUGGAACAAACUACAGGGUCAUCCAACCGUGAAUGGUUUGACAGCAAGAUUUCAGUAGUGAAGCCAGAUGUGCAACCUUUGUGGACCAUAUUGCCAGAAUCAGAUGUAGUUUGGGUAAGAACUUCUUCCCUAGGGAAACUGUCCAGAGACACAUUGGCAAGUACACCACAGAGUACUGACAAGCUCUGGUUGAAAGCUUCCAUGACACAGUCUACCAAAUUGCCUUCAACCACAAGUUCCACCCUGUUGGAAGAUGAAGUCAUUAUGGGCGUACAGGAUAUUUCAUUAGAAUUGGACCAGAUAGGCACAGAUUACUAUCAUCCUGAGCUAAUCCCAGAGGAAAAUGGCAAGGUUGGUGGUUAUGUGGAAAUGUCUACAAGUAUUCACUCCACAGAGAUGGCUAUUGUGGCUCAGCCAACAAAAAGAGAUGACUUGAAUCAUACCCAAGCCGCAGGAGCUUUGGUGGUUUUCUUCAGCCUCAGAGUGACUAACAUGAUGUUUUCAGAAGAUCUGUUUAAUAAAAACUCUUUGGAGUAUAAAGCCCUGGAGCAAAGAUUCUUAGAACUGCUGGUUCCCUAUCUCCAGUCAAAUCUCACUGGGUUCCAGAAUUUAGAAAUCCUGAACUUCAGAAAUGGCAGUAUUGUGGUGAACAGCCGAAUGAAGUUCGCCAAGUCUGUCCCUCCUAAUGUCACCAAUGCUGUCUACGUGAUUCUCGAAGACUUUUGCACCACUGCUUACCAAACCAUGAACUUGGCUAUUGAUAAAUACUCCCUCGAUGUGGAAUCAGGUGAUCAAGCCAACCCUUGCAAGUUUCAAGCAUGCAAUGAAUUUUCUGAGUGUUUGGUCAACCCCUGGAGUGGAGAAGCAGAGUGCAGAUGCUACCCUGGGUACCUGAGUGUGGAAGAACUGCCCUGUCAGAGUCUCUGUGACCUACAGCCUGACUUCUGCUUGAAUGAUGGAAAGUGUGACAUCAUGCCUGGGCAUGGGGCCAUUUGUAGGUGCCGGGUGGGUGAGAACUGGUGGUAUCGAGGUGAACACUGUGAGGAGUUUGUGUCCGAGCCCUUGGUGAUAGGCAUCACCAUCGCCUCCAUGGUUGGACUUGUCCUCAUUUCUUCUGCUUUCGUCUUCUUCAUCAUCAGGACUCUUCAAGCUCAGUAUGUUAGGAGAGAAAGAGAGAGACCCUUCAGCAGGCAGCCUGACAGCCUCUCAUCAGUGGAAAGAGCUGUAAAGCACAACCCCAUGUUUGAAAGUCACGGGGCUGAUCUCGAGCAGUACGAAGGACCCUACCCUCAGCGGCCCUUCUACAGCUCCACAGGCAGAGAGAUGAUUGCUGGUCUGAGCAGGGAAGAAAUCAGACAAAUGUAUGAGAACAGUGAGCUUUCCAGAGAGGAAAUUCAAGAAAGAAUGAGAAUUUUGGAACUGUAUGCCAGGGAUCCUGAGUUUGCAGCUUUUGUGAGAGAACAUCAAAUGGAAGAGCUUUAACCAAAACUCCUAUUUUGCAACUGAUUAGAAGCCUAGCGAAGAUGGAGAUCACUCAUUAUCUAUGUCAUAUAAUUAACUUGGAUUUGGAACUCUGUGGGAAGAAGAGUUUUCUAUCAAAAAAAUUAAAUUUGGGACACAUAUAUUUUUCUAGUUUAAAAUUUUAGAAUAUAGUAAGAGAUGUGAUGGUUUUUAUAUCCACAAAGACCAAAAGCUGUAUUUAAAGGGAAUCAAAACUGUAUGGGGCUUCCCUGGUGGCACAGUGAUUAAGAAUCCACCUGUCAAUGCAGGGGACAUGGAUUCCAGUCCUGGUCCGGGAAGAUCCUACGUGCCGCGGAGCAAUGAAGCCUGUGCACCACAACUACUGAGCCUGCUCUCUAGAGCCCCGCAAGCCACAACUACUGAGCCCAUGUGUCACAACUACUGAAGCCCGCGUGCCUAGAGCCUGUGCUCCGCAACAAGA